AUGCCGGGCCUUGAUUUAUGUGCCCUGGCGGGGAGUUGGCCUUUCGGAGGGGAUGCCCGGCCUUUGACGGAGACUUACAGGGAGCUUGUGGAGCUGAUGGAGGACAUGAUGAAGGGUUGCGUGCUGGAGUCUGGGCGCAGGCCCGCGGUGGUGUUCUGUGCAGACCUGAACUCGCUGCCCGGGUCCGACGCCUACAAGCUGAUCACAAGGAAGCUCUGUGACGCGAGCUUCGGCCACGCUGGUGGCGAGUAUUUCCAGGGUUCCUUCAGCACCCUGAAGCCGGACGUCUACUGGUUCGCUGCUCCGAGGGGCCAGCGCUCCGAGCCACCCGAAUGGCAUUGGCAGGAGGGCAGGCAGGAGGUCAUCGACUACAUCUUCCACAGCCAGGAUCUGACCCUGGAGACGCCCGUCGUCCUGCCUCGCAUGCCGGAGGUUCCCGAUCGGCCACCGAAGCGCCACAAACCGGAAGGAGGUCUCUAUGGCUACUGGUGUGGCGGCUGGCGCUUCGCCGACUCGCCAGUGCCUGGCCUCGAGGAGCACCGCCGAAACUACCGGUGGCGGCCCCCUCGUGUCAACGGUGAACUACAGCUCGGCAUCCCGAAUCGUAUCCAUGGCAGCGAUCACCUUCCUAUCGUUUGCGAGCUCGAGCCUGAGUUUGUGCUUUGGAUCGUUUGUCUGCGCAUUGCCAUGGGCUUUCGUAUUGUGCGCAAGUUGCUGGUGUGCUUGUUGCCGGCCGUGCUGGCUGCGACAGAAGACGACUAUAAGCGCGACUUUGCCGAGUUCGAUCACAACAAGGAUGGCCAGAUCGACUUCCAGGAGCUCAGACUCCAGGUGAAAGGGGAGCUGGAUGCCACACACCUGCGCCGACUGGUGAUGGUCACCUUGCUGCAGAGCCGACAUGGACAAGGAAAGGGUAUCGCUGAUUUUUUGUUCAUGCCCUCACCUGAUCAGUCUGGCGCGAUCUCACUGGACUCCAGGCUAAGAGUUGGUGGUUCCCAGCAUAUUUCACCGCAAGGCAUUUAUCGGAGCUGUAGCGGAACUUCCCUGCGAUCGGGUCAGAAGGGCUUUCUGCUCGCUUUGCUGCCCCUGCGGCUGGCAGAGCGCACUCGCUACGUUGAGAAGGAGGCCCUGGAGUUUCCGACGACCUGCGACGGCGGCGUCCUGGACCUCGAUGGAGCCUACGAAGUGUCGAAGUUUACACGAAUCAACGUCGCAAAGAGCUGCAUUCUGCGGGGAAGCAGUCAGACGGUGAUUGAGAUGCAGGAAAACGCGAGCUUGCUCUUCGUCACGGCAAACGAUGCGGAUGUUACUCUGGAAGGCCAUCUACAAUUCACGGUUGCAGCACAUGCAGCACUUAGUGAUCCUUGCUUAAAAGUCGUGGGUAAUCUUACCAUUGCCACAGACGAGCUCUCGAUAGCCAGGUGCAGUGGUGAAGGAUCCAUUUAUGUUACGAAAGACCUGCAGAUUCGGGGCAACGGUCAGAUCGUCGACUCGUACAGCAGUAACUCUGGCGGCGCCGUGCGUGUGAGCGGAUCGGUGGAGCAACACAGUGGUUCACUCAUCGUGACAAACUGCAGCUCGAUGAGUUCAGGGGGGGCCAUCUACGUCAAGGAAAGCUACGUGCAGCUGGGUGGUUCGCUGGCCUUUGCACAUUGCAGCUCGAAACGGUCAGGGGGUGCCAUGUAUGUUGAGAAAAGUUAUCAGCAGCUGGGUGGUUCGGUCUCCUUCGCAGAUUGCAGUUCUGUCGACGAUGAUAGCACGGUCGAGAACCUCAAAAAGGACGACAAUUAUCCAUCUGGGGGCGGCGGAUUGUUCGUAGGCGAGGCUCUGUUGCAGAAGGCUGGCCUGAUGAGGUUCGAAAACUGCAGCACCAAGUUCCAUGGUGGGGGGCUUUUAGCAAGGAAAAGGAAAGGGUGGGCCAUGAAUGGAUGGCUCGCCACGUUGGCCGGGAAUUCGUUUCUGUCACGCAGCCACUCCUUUGAACCGCCGCCCAUCAGACUGCUCCAGUCUGGCAGAGCGGUUAUGCUCUUCCGCAACUGCACGGCUGCGGGCCGUGGCGGCGGCGCCGCCGUCUCCGGGCGCGCAAAGAUUCAAGGUUCGAUGCUCUUCGACAAAUGCUCUACCAACGUUUCACAUGGUGGCGGCUUGCAUGUGAGUCAUGAACUCGAGCUCUCGGGCAAUCUGACUGCAACCUCCUGCCACUCUGGCGACGACGGGGGUGGGCUCCAUGCAAGGCGAGGCCUCCGUCAAAUUGCUGGCUCGAUGAGGUUUCAGGACUGCUCUUGCCAAAAGAAGGGUGGUGGCAUCAAGGUGGAUAAAGCUGGCCUAAGGAUGAGUGGAGGCCAAAGAAUCUUUGACAACUGUUCGGCUGAAAUGAGCGGUGGUGCCAUCUAUGUGCACUACGAGGGAGUGGAGUUGAAGGGCAACAUCUCUUUCAAAGAGUGUCGUGCCAAACGAGAAGGUGGGGCUGUCUUUGUGCAGUACCGGGGAUUCAACGAGAGCUCAGCAACAUCGAGUCUUCUUUCUUUCGUCAACUGCACGGCUGGGAGUCGCGCUGGUGCUCUGCAAGUGGGCGGGAACUCCAGCUUCUCCAGCCCCGUGCACUUGUCCCACUGCCGGGACUCCUCCUCCACUCCCUUUUCCGUUGCUGGCUGGUUAACGCUCGGCCGCGUGGACAUUGUGGAAACAGGCGACCAGCCAGUCACAGUGUCAGCUGACAAGUUGAUCAUCAGGGAAGCGAACUGUUCCGGUGCCGGCCAGUGCCAGUUCAGCUCGGUGAAGCCCGAGGUUCCCAACUUGGGUUGCACACUCGGCCGAGGGCGGAGAGAAGAUCGUGCCGAAGGAGCACUUGUCAGUGGUGAAGUUGGCUGCAGAACCUGCGCGGCAGGGAGGAUCCAGAUCGACACUUUCAACAAGACGGUGCCGAAUGCUCCCUGUGUGAAAUGCCCGGGUGGAACACGGCUGUGCACUUCCGACAAGGUGGUGAUGCAAAGAGGCUACAUGGUUUCGCAAAGCAACCUGAGCCGGCACUACCAUUGUCCGAAUAAGUUUGCUUGCCCCGGCGGAGACUUGCCGGAGGCUGAGACGGCGAUGUGUGCCGAGGGCUACUAUGGCUUGGGCUGCACGAACUGCCUGGACAGCCACGGGCCUGUCGACAACACUGUGCUGUCAUGCACGCCUUGCCCCACCACCGGGUCCAUGUGGGCUUGGCAAGUGUUCUUCUGCAUUGUAAAAGAUGUGGUGAUCUUUGUGCUGGCCAUCUCGGGUGUCAUGCAGGCUAGUGAGGAGGGGAAGCCUUCCACGGUGCUUUUAAACCAGCUGAUGUCCUUCUCGACUGUUGCGGGCACUGCACUCUCUGCUGUCAAGCAGACCGGCAGCUUCGGGAAGCUGAGCAACCGCCUCCAGAGCAUGCUCGUAAGCUCGGGCAUGAUGGUGGACGUGGUGCAAGGGGGCCAGAGCAGCGGACUCUCCACCGUUUGCCUCGCAGAAUUUGUGGGCCUGCCAAAGACGCUGUGGAUGGCUCAUAUCCUCCGCUCCGCCACUCCGGCGCUGCUGAUCGUCGUACUGAGCAUCUACAAGGAUCCGUGGCUCGCACUGGUAGUGGGCGCGAACUGCUUCUUGCCCGAGUUUUGUGCUGGCUUCGGCAAGUAUUUGGUCUGCUACCGGAUCGAGAAGGAGAAACGGGGAGGAGAGCUGACGUGCGCCUUCUUGCCCGACAUUCCUGCUGCCACGGCCACAAUCACAGGAAUGAUCGUGCUUUGCUUCCUCCUGGCAUUGUUCGGCUGGACGAAGGCAGCUUUGUCUAAGACUUCCCCGAAGCCGCCCCACGUCGUCUAUUUGACGAACGCCUACAAGGACAAAUUUGCAGCUUGGGAAGUGGAGCGAUUGGUUCGAAAGAUGCUGCUUACUUUGGUGGGUGCCGUGCUGCCGAUCACCCUGUCACCUGCUCUUCAGUUGGGCUGCCUCAGCGUGAUUCUUGUAGUCUCUUUGGUCGCAUACGUGCACCUGCUCCCCUACAAACAGAACGCUUUUAACCUGAUCGAAGCGGCGCUGCUCGCUGAUGCCCUGGUGAUUGCAGCUCUCUCCAACUCACUUCUUGCUAAUGAUUCGAAUUGGGCGAAAACAGAGUCCACAAACCUCAUUCUGCUUUUCUUCACGGCAUUCCUCUCUGUAGCUGGAGCCGGCCUGAUGCUGCUUCUGCUGAUCCGAGCCUAUCUGCGGGAGAGAAGGAUGAAGCCCAAGCAGGCCUCCAAGUAA